AUGUCAACGUCGUCAACCAAAGGAGUUCUCGGAAAAAGGUCAUAUUCUGAAAAUGUCACUACUGGGGAUAAUGCUCCAGGCCAAAUGCAUCCUCGUAAUAGAUAUAGGAACAGUCCUCCAGACUUUGCUGUCCUCGCGUUCAAAUAUUCUUCCUUUUACCCUUUUGUACAUUAUACUAAGGAGGGAAAGCCAUACAUUGACUUUAAAAAUCCUGAAGCUGUUAGGGAGCUUACUUACUGCCUCCUACGCAAUGAUUUUAAUCUCACACUAAGCAUCCCAUUAGACACGUUAUGUCCACCGAUUCCAAACAGGUAUCUUCGUGAUUUAGCUAAUUCAGCUAAUUUGAAGGAUCUGAUAUCAACUGAAACAAAGCAAGAUCGAUCUGUGUAUGCAAUAGAUAUUGGUACUGGUGCUUCUUGCAUUUAUCCUUUAUUGGGCUGCACGCUGAAUAAGAACUGGAUGUUUUUGGCAACAGAGUAUGCUGAAACAAAUGUGUUAAGAAACAAUUUAGAUCACAGGAUUACCGUGAUUCACAACAAAACAGACAAAAAAAUUAUGUUGUCUGAUGAAGUUUUAUCCAAUAAUUCUAUCAAGUUUGCAUUCUGUAUGUGUAAUCCACCUUUUUACGAAAGUCAAGAGCAAUAUGAAAAAGGUGUUGAGAUUAAGCAUUCACCCCCUUUAUCGGUAUGCACCGGUGCAUCUCAUGAAAAAAUCACUGUAGGUGGAGAAUUCCAAUUUAUUAAAGAUAUUUUGGAGGAAAGUUUGAUUCUACGUAAUAAAAUUCGUUGGUAUACUUCUAAAAUUGGACGGUUGGAAACAGUUAACAAAAUUGUUCGUGAACUAAAAAAAAACAGAAUCGACAAUUAUGUAGUUACAGAAUUUUGUCAAGGUCAAACGCGAAGAUGGGGGAUCGGGUGGUCGUUUGGAACCCAACGACCAUCGAUGAAUAUUUCACAUCCAUCCUCUAAAAAGCUUCGUAAAGCUGCACCUCCUAAAAGUGAAUUCUUCGUGAUUUUAUCAACAAACACAGAUAAUCUCAAAGAAUUUCUCAAAAAGCUAUUCGAUCAAUUGGAAAUUGGAGGACAAUGGAACGAAGAUUCGUAUACGUUUAUUGGUAGCGCAAAUAUCAAUACUUGGUCGCGUGCUGCUCGACGGCAAAAAUUGAUGAAAACAGAUUGCCAAAUAGAGUCAUCAACCAUAGCUUCUACGUCAACUGAUGAAUUUUUAUUUGAGUUUACUUGUAAUAUUGAACCAUGGAAUGUUAGCAUUAAUAGUACGAAGGUUACAUUUUCAUGGACAAAUGGCAAGGAUCGAAGUAUUUUUGAGCAAUUUUACGGUCAUGUCAAGAAAAAAUUGGAGCAGGAGUUUUCCACCGACGAGUAA